UGGGAGAACAGCCAUUUUUCGUGUCCCAGCUGUUACAUCUUCGAGAACAUCACCUUUUUUUGCUAAAUAAAACUUUUUAAGGGGAUGAACAGUCAGUAGCGGCACGUUUAAGAGCUUUCUUGCCGUCCUCCAUCGUCAAGUGACAGUCUGGUGUGUAUGAAACCAGGCAAUGUCCACCAUGGUGUAUCCACGUGAAGAAGCCCUGGAGAGACUGAGCCAGGAUGAGAUUGUGCUCAACACUAAGGCUGUCAUGCAGGGCUUGGAGACGCUGCGCGGCGAACACGCCCAGCUCCUCAACUCGCUGCUGGACUGCGCCCAGCCGCCUGCUGCCCAGGAGAAAUCUGGGCUGCUCCGCAAGAGUCUGGAAGCCAUUGAGCUGGGCCUGGGAGAGGCACAGGUGAUCAUCGCCCUGUCGAGCCACCUGAGCGCCGUGGAGUCGGAGAAGCAGAAGCUGCGUGCCCAGGUGCGCCGGCUCUGCCAGGAGAACCAGUGGCUGCGGGACGAGCUGGCGGGAACGCAGCACAAGCUGCAGCGCAGCGAGCAGAGCGUCGCCCAGCUGGAGGAGGAAAAGAAGCACCUGGAGUUCAUGAAUCAGAUCAAGAAGUUCGACGAUGACGUCUCGCCCUCGGAGGAGAAGAGCCAGAGCGCUGCUGGCGGCAGUGGGGGUGGAGGAGACACUUCAAAGGACAGUCUGGAUGACUUGUUCCCCAAUGAUGAUGACCAGGGACCAGCCCAGCCCAGCGGAGAGGUAGCGGCCCAGCAGGGAGGCUACGAGAUCCCAGCCCGUCUCAGGACGCUCCACAACCUGGUCAUCCAGUACGCCUCACAGGGAAGGUACGAGGUGGCCGUGCCGCUGUGUAAACAAGCCCUGGAGGACCUGGAGAAGACGUCUGGACAUGACCACCCUGAUGUAGCCACCAUGCUCAACAUCCUGGCUCUAGUGUACAGGGAUCAGAACAAGUACAAAGAGGCAGCCCACCUCCUGAAUGACGCCCUGGCCAUCAGAGAGAAGACGCUGGGGAAGGAUCAUCCAGCUGUGGCCGCAACCCUCAACAACCUGGCUGUUCUGUAUGGCAAGAGGGGAAAGUACAAGGAGGCUGAACCUCUCUGCAAGAGAGCGUUGGAGAUCAGAGAGAAGGUGUUGGGGAAAUACCACCCAGAUGUAGCCAAGCAGCUGAACAACUUGGCCCUGCUGUGUCAGAACCAGGGCAAGUACGAUGAGGUGGAGUACUACUACAGACGAGCCCUGGAGAUCUACGAGUCCAAACUGGGAGCUGAUGACCCCAAUGUGGCCAAGACCAAAAAUAACCUGGCUACGUGCUACCUGAAGCAGGGGAAAUUCAAAGAUGCUGAGGCUCUGUACAAAGAGAUCCUGACCAGGGCACACGAGAAGGAGUUUGGAUCUGUCAACAAUGACAACAAGCCAAUCUGGAUGCACGCAGAGGAGAGAGAGGAGAGCAAGGGUAAGCGCAAGGACUCUGGCCCGUAUGUAGAGUAUGGAAGCUGGUAUAAAGCCUGCAAGGUGGACAGCCCCACAGUGAACACAACCCUGAAAAGCCUGGGAGCAUUGUACCGUCGCCAGGGCAAACUGGAGGCAGCAGAAACACUGGAGGAGUGCGCCAGCAAGUCACGUAAACAGGGUAUUGAUGCCAUUAACCAGAGUAAGGUGGUGGAGCUGCUGAAGGACGGGGGAGCUGGAGGUGGCGACAGACGACACAGCAGGGAAGGAAUCAACGGGCCAGGGGGACAGCGAGGCGAGAGCGAGGGCGACGACUCCGCUGAGUGGAACGGGGAUGGUAACGGGUCUCUGCGUCGCAGUGGCUCCUUCGGGAAAAUUCGUGACGCACUGAGAAGGAGCAGUGAGAUGCUGGUGAAGAAGCUGCAGGGGAGUGGACCACAGGAGCCACGCAACCCAGGAAUGAAGAGAGCAAGCUCCCUCAACUUCCUGAACAAGAGCGCUGAGGAGACCACACAGGACGCCAACUCUGGACUCUCAGACUGCAGGGGACUAAGCGCCAGCAACGUGGACCUAUCCAGACGCAGCUCCCUGAUUGGCUAGACAGAGCCAGGGGGUGGGGACUCAGGAGUCACAGAGCGGCCCGGCGAGGAGAGGCUGUUUGCAGCUUGGUUUGAUCAAACAAACACACUAAAAGCUCAACGCGAGAUCAAACACUUGCACCUGCAGCAUAUUUUUUAAAGAACACUGAAAAAGAAAAAAAGCAUUAUCACACUAAAUGUCAGGUCGCUGCUGCUGCUUCGCUGUACAAACCGCCACCAUCGAUCACUAAAGAGAAUAUUUAGAUACACAUUAAUCAGCAUGCUGCUUACUAGAACGUGGAAUGUCUGCACCUGAACGCCUCGUGUUUGUGACUCAUAGCACCGUAGCAAAGCAUCGUAUCCGAGACCUUGUCUUCGAUCUCCAUGUGCAGACACUCAACCUUAGGUAGGCUAAAUGUACUCCGGUUUCAGUUCAGAGACAAGCAUUGCACUCUGUAUAUUUCACCAGUAGCAUGAACUAUUUGCUGAUGCUAACCGCCCAUCGAAUGCAUAUCACAGAUGGUAAAAAAUGGUACGAUCCACUUAGAUUUUAACAGGGAACACUGAAGAGAAUACAAGCAAUCUUUGGGGAUUUUCAAAAAACACAUUAGCACUAACCAUUUAAACCUCACUUUUGCCUUCUUGUUUUUUUUUGUGUAUAUACAGUUUUAAAUUAUUUCAUUCUUUGUAUAUAGUGCACUUUGGUUUCUGUUGUUUUUCUUUGUUGUUUACACUAUUGGGUUAAAGAGGGUCACAGCUGGAGAAAAUACUUAUCGGAGGGGGAAAGACUGGAAAAGAAAGAGGGAGUGAAAGAAGGAAAGAAGAGAGAAAUGGGCGCUUGGCUCAUGGUGUCAAUGAAGGUCAAAAAUGCUGAUAAAUUUGGUACCUCAGUCUCUGAAAUCUGCUGACGUUUCAGUCUAAACUGUUGUAAUGCACUUUGAGCGUGACAGUCCUGUACAUGGUAGCUUCCACUGAGGCUUCUACUGGUCAGGCUUAAAAUUAAUUGUCUCUGUGCCGCAACAAUCAGUCUUGUGAGCAACCGAAAUGAAAGUUAUCAGAAAGUUUAUUUGAAAAUAAAUUUACAAAUGAACCUCAAUCAAUUCCUCAAAAGUCCCAGUGAAACGUCGACUUAAGCUUCUGUACUGUGACAACAGAAUAUUAAAGCGGCACACAGUUACAAGAAAGAUCCUUUGCACCUGAUUGGACCGCUAAUCAAUCUCCCUUGACUUGUUUGUGUUUUUAUGAACCAUGUGGUCAUGGUGACGUAAACGCCAUUCUUGCCACAGAAAUUUCAGCGUAUCUGCUGGCUCUCAUAGCGGUCAAACGGUGGUCAGACUCCGCCUACUUGGCACACCACAGGUGCACACAGGCAUGGUAAUUGUGCAGACCACUGUUUUCGCAACACGCCUCCUCCCCCGCCAUUAGAUCAUGAGGCGGAUGAGGUAGGGAUGAAUAAAUUUGACCUCCAAAAUAUAGUUUCGGAAAUUAAAACAAAGGUUUUGCCCACCGUUUUGCUCUGUCAGCUACUAUGAACUCGUGUGAUUGGAUGAAUUUUUGUGGCGCGAACACCCCUGAGUACAGGAUGUUCGGUUUUAACUGGUUUUACAAAAACAGAAAAGACAGGGAUUUCAUUUAAAUUACUUGUUUUUUGACAUGUGUUUAUCAUAUAACAACACAGGGACACAGGAUUUAAAAAUGUAAUUUUCAUUUCACUGGGUCUUUAAACCCUCCUAAAUACUACCUACUGUAUGUGGCACGACAGGAAGUUUAAUUAAACACUAUAAUCUUUGCUUUCAGGUACUUUUACCUCAGUCUGCCACAAAAAACUUUGGAUUUCCAGACUUACAGCCAUAAGUCUGAGUGAUAACGAAAUAAAACGCUGUGAAAGAGAUGUUUAAAUAUAAUUUGUUUACAAUCAUUAAAGCAGGAUAUUCAAGGCAUAAACAACCCUCAUUUAAGUAUCUGUAAGUAUCUUUAAGUUUAAAGCUGGUGCAGUGCAUCAACUGAAAUGUUUACUUUGGGAUUCCUCUUGUGAAUUAUUUUGUGUUUCCCUCUUUCUGUUGCUGAAUAAUAUGUAUCAUUUUGUACGAAACAAUCCUCAGUGACGGGACGGACUUCAUCAGUCGUAAUCAAACACUCUCAGAAAUCUGACUGUUGGCCAUCCGUCCUCAGUGAACUUUGUUGCGUUUUCCUGUUUUGGACCUGAGCUUUUAUGUUGGAGGUACUGAAAAGUGAUUAUUUGAAUGUUCGAUUUUUAUGUUGAUUGUGGGGUCUGGUGGCAUUUACACUGGAUUUUUGUGUUGUGCUGUUUUCCACUAAAACAAGACCAAUACCAAGAGAACUGUCCUCAGAAUGUACACGUCGAUAUCACGCUCGGCAAGUUGUGCUCCUCAUCAGAUUGUCAAGGAGUUGCUUUUUUGGGCUUUAUCUGCAAGUUUUUCUCCACCUUGCUCUUAAAUUUUCUAGCACAAAAAGCCAAAAAAGGUCAAAUCUUGACAAUUUGAGUUUGAUUUCAAAAACAGGAAGACGCAGGUUUGUUGCAAAGGCAUUUUGUCCACGGCGGUGCAUGCACACCGUCGCCAUAUGCCUCAAUAACCUGACAUCGCCCUUCUUGAAAUCCCCUUUGAUGAAGUCACACUGCCGAGUCUAAAAAAAGUGCUAACUAUUCUAUCAGCUUCUGAUUGUGCUGAAUGUGCAAGGUGGCGCAAGUUUAAGAUGAAGAAAUACACGCACGAAGGCGAAGAAGGACUGAAGUAAGUGUAAACGCAGGAUGGAGUCAGUGUUGGGAAGAUGUCACAGGUGGAAAAGUGCUUUAAGUGUCGUUCGCAGCAAAUAAUGUACAGAAUAAUCCUUUAUAUGUAUGUUUACUGUAUGUUCACAUAAAAAAUGAUGGGUAUUCCUUUAAUCGCACACACUCUCAACACCAUGUAGCUGUGUACAGACGUUAAUGCAACACUGAUUUGUAGUUUAAGGUCUCCUGACUGUGAGUUCGUCUACACAUCAUACUGUAACACCAAUACAAGCAAUCCUUUACUGUAUUAAUCACUUAGUCACCUCUGGGUUGGUCCAGUGUCUUCUGACUCUGUAUUAAUCCUAACCUCCGUAAAUAUGAACAUGAAUGUUGCUUAAUAAAACAGCUGAGAGAAAUAAAACCUGUAAAUGUUUGUUCUGAAUCUCUGUUGCAGGAAGAUUUUGAUUCACAGCGUCAAAGAUGAAUCAGAUGUCCAAAUAUUUAUGGAGCCACGGGUGGUGAAUGUUGUGGGAACGAGGGUCAUAUAUAUAUAUAUAUGUGUGUGUGUGUGGGAACUCUUAACUCCAGCUCCUGUACUGCUGAUGAUUUGAUGGAUCUUAUUGUGAAGGGGCCAACCUCAUGUGUAUUUUAUCAAAG